AUGCAUAGCCUUAAUAUACUUAUUUAGGAUAACUCCAAAGGUUAAGGAAUGAAUAUGAUGCAAUAAAAUUAGCAGCAGUCAUAAUUUGGGGGUAAUUUGAUAAAUCAAGAAUUUCAAAAUUACCCUAAUCCAAAUUAACCUCCUCCUCAUCACAAUUAAUAUAGAGGAGGUGGUGGCGGUGGUUAUGGAGCCACAAUGCAAAUGAUGUAGAAUGGGAAUAAUGUUAACUCUAAUUUUGGGUUUAAUAGCAACAAUAUUGGAUAAAAUUAAAAUACUUCACAGCCUCCUAUCAACAAUAGCAAUCCUAAUUUGAUGAUGAAUAUGCAAAAAAACUAUAAUCCUCCCAAUAUGAUGAACAGAGGUAUGAAUAAUACUAUCAAUAAUCUACCUCCUCCACCCACUCAUACCAUACCUCAACCUCAAUAGUAACCAAAUAUGUAUUAAAAUAGCCAAAUCAACAUACCUAUUCAGCCAUAAAUAAUGAUGAAUAGCAGUAAUAACAUCAAUAAUAGCUAAGGAUUGAUAAUAUCACAAUAAUAACAAUAACUGUAAUAGAAUUAAAUGAUAAGCAAUAAUAAUAAUAUUUCAGGAUAGCAUAACUUGUUAGGAAUGCAAUAAACAUAACAGCAAUAGCAAUAACAGUAACAGUAAUUAUUUUAAAGUUAACAGAUAGGCUUUGCAAAUAAUAAUUUAAUGAAUAACGUUGUGCAAGUAAGAAAUAUUUAUAAUUAAGCUGAAGACAAAGAUAUUUUAGAGUAUAUGUAGUGCGCAGGAACAAUCAUCAAUUACAAUAUAAAAAAAGAGGAUUAAAGAGUAAGCGGUUAGUAUCAAAGAGUCAGUGGAUAGUUCACUUAUUCAGAUAAUGAAUCAGCUUAAAUAGCAGUUAAGUUAUUGGAUAAUCUUAAAAUAUGUGGAAGUUCUAGAGAACUCAAAGUGAGGUUGGUAAAUGGGAAUAACGCAUCACUAUCUAAUCCUAAUAAUUAAACUGAUGACUUUUUUAAUCUAAAUAAUAAUGAGGAUGGCGGUAAGGGAGUAGAAAAGCUUGAUGUUUAUGAGAAAUUGGAAUAAUCUAAAAAUCUGGAAGAAGCUCUUAAAACCUUAGAUGAUUCAGCCUAAUGCUCUUUGAUAAAUGUAUUUAAGAAGUUUAUUGAACAAAGCGAUGAAGAAUAAUUGAUAAAUCUUCUUGCUAAUCGUCCAUUUUUGUGUGAUAUAUUAAUGAAUAUGAUGAAAAAAUAAUACAGAGUUUAAAUUCCUGAUGUGAAUGCUGCCCCCUAAUUUUAACCUCCAUAAAUGACUUAAAACAAAAAUUAUAAUCUCAAUGAUGAGCCAAAACUUAUUUAAAAGAACAUAAAUAAUUUAAAUUAAUAGGCGAAUAUGAAGUAAUAGCUUUAAAACUAGCAGUAGUAACAAAACAAUUAUCUUCAAUAACCUCCAAUGCAACCACAACAAACAGGGUACAUAGGGUAAGGUUAGAUUCCACCUCCUCCUACAAAUCAAUAGUAACAACAAUUACCUCCCCAUUUCAUGCCAAAUAAUCCUUCAUAAGGAUAAAGUAAUCAGUACAUGAAUGCACCACCUAAUUAAAAUUAAAAUCAAGGAGGAUUCAUUCCUUAAAAUUAAAAUAAAAAUAUGUAUCAGUUUAACCAAUAAGGCAAUUAAUUCAAUAACAUGAAUAACAACCAGAAUAACCUAAAUAGUUCUAUUGGGAAUAACAAUUAUAAUCAAAAAUAAAAUUAAAACAUGCAACCAAAUAUGCCAAACAAUAACAAUAAUAAUAACAGCAUGAUGAAUCAAAGAUUCAUGUAAAAUAAUAACAACUUGAAUAACUUAAAUAAUAGUAACAACUAGAUGAGGUUUAAUUAAAACAAAUAGUACUGA